UUACGGUGCUGGUGCGGGCAGUGUUUGUGGCUGUAGGCCCGGCUGUGCACCCCGCGGAGCCGGGCGCUGCACUUCCUGGUCAGGUGUCAGCAUCCUGCUCGGGCGGGGCUGCCACGUGUCCCUGCUGUCCCCGCAGGAGCAGGGCACGCUCACCAGCACAGCUCUGCACUCCGGAGGUGAGGGCUGUGCUGGUCAUCACUGCGUGCAGCUAUAAGCCGGUACCCUUUUCCUCCGUGGGUGAGGAUGCUGCUGUGAGGAUGCCCAGCACACACCCAUGGGCUCGCUCCGGUCUGGGAUCGAUGGGGAACAUGAGGGGCUGAGCAUGACAGAAAGGCUCCUGCAGCAAAGCAGCCCUUUGAGGUCCACUGCUUCACCGUGAGGCCGUGCCUUGCUGUCAUCCCCGAGCACAGCGCUGGGCUCCAGCUCUCACCUGCUCUUUCCUCGCUGCCAGGCUCUCCUCGCCCGCAGGCUGAUGCCCGUGUCGCCCUGCCAUGAGUCUAUGAGCCCGCUGCGGAUCAGCGUGGGUAGCCUGCCCGUCCUUGCGUCCAUGACCAAGGUCGCCGACCCCCGCUUCCGCCUGCGCUGGAGGGCCAUCGUGCUGUCCUCUGCCUGCGUGGGCUUCGUGCUGCUGCUCUUCUGCCUGCACCGCUCCCCACCAGCACGGCCCAUCCCGCCCAACCCGCACGGCCGGCACCUCCGGCUGCAGGUGGAGGAUCGCUACAAUGACACCUAUCCACUGUCCCCACCCCAAAGGAACCCCGAGGGCGUGCGCUACCGCAUCGGGGUCAUUGCGGACCUGGACACUCAGUCCCGGGGCUCUGAGGAGCACACCUGGUUCAGUUACCUGAAGAAGGGUUAUCUGGUGCUGUCGGCCAGUGGGGACAGUGUGAUGGUGGAGUGGGAUAAAGAGGAGAACGUGCUGCAAUCCCAUCUGGCGGAAAAGGGCCGGGGCAUGGAGCUCUCAGAGCUGGUUGUCUUCAAUGGGAAGCUGUACUCCGUGGAUGACCGGACUGGGGUGGUCUACCAGAUCGAGGGCAACAAGGCGGUACCCUGGGUGAUCCUCUCGGAUGGGGAUGGCACUGUGGGGAAAGGCUUCAAGGCAGAGUGGCUGGCAGUGAAAGACGAACACCUGUACGUGGGGGGCCUGGGCAAGGAGUGGACCACCACCACGGGUGAGGUGGUGAAUGAGAACCCCGAGUGGGUGAAGGUUAUUGGCUACAAGGGCGAUGUGAGCCACGAGAACUGGGUGAUGAACUACAAUGCACUGCGGGCUGCGGCUGGGAUCCGACCCCCAGGUUACCUGAUCCACGAGUCGGCCUCCUGGAGCGACACGCUGCAGCGCUGGUUCUUCCUGCCGCGCCGCGCCAGCCACGAGCGUUACAACGAGAAGGCAGAUGAGCGGCGUGGCACCAACCUGCUGCUCAGCUCCAGCCAGGACUUUGGGGACAUCACAGUGGGACGUGUGGGUGAGGUGGUUCCCACUCAUGGCUUCUCUUCCUUCAAGUUCGUCCCAGACACAGAUGAUCAGAUCAUCGUGGCACUGAAGUCGGAGGAGGACAAUGGCAAGAUUGCCAGUUACAUCAUGGCCUUCACGCUGGAUGGGCGCUUCCUCCUGCCUGAAACCAGGAUUGGGAGUGUGAAAUAUGAGGGCAUUGAGUUUAUUUAACAGACUUGAAACCAGAGGGGUGAGGGAGGAUGGGAGGGCGUGGGCUGGGCCCUGUUGGUGUGCUCAGAACAAGGAGCACACAGUGUGCCUCCCGAUCCAGGGACGCAUGAAGCACUCCAAGCUCUGUAGUUGGCGUCCCGUGUAAAGCACUGGCUUUGCUGCAGCCCGCAUGGUGCGAGUGUUUCGGCAGUGGCACCUGGUGGCAAAGGACUGCCACCACAGGGUGUUGCUCCCUGCCAUCAGCCCAGGCUCAGCUGCUGAAGCAGUCAAGGCAGUGAGGUUUCCCUGCACUGCAGGUGUUGGUCCGGGGUCUCUGCAGGGAGUCAUUGGCUCUGGUGACAGCCACGCUCUGGAUCUGCAACCAAGGAGGGAGCUCAGCUCCUCUGCCCCUGUGCCAGCCUGAUGCCCAGGGCACUGUCCUCACAUCCCUGCAGCUAUGGUGCUGCAGCUGUGGAGCCUCUCCUGACCUUCCUGGGGGUGGGCUCUGACCUGGGCCCUGGGACCCCUCCACACUCACAGCGUGUCCUGGGAGGAGAGGCUCUGCUCUGUGUCCCCAGCAUCUUACAGGAGCACAGAGGGUAUGUGUGUGAGACAAAUAUCCUCAGGAGAGGAGUGGGUUUGAGGGGGGCCACAGGCCAGGUCCUACCCUGUUUCUGGCUCCCUCGGGGUUCAGGGUGUUCACUGGGGCCAUGACCACAGCAGGGUGACAGCAAGGGCAGGGCGAGCUGAGACAUCACAGCUGUGGGGGAUUUCAUCAGGAUGUUUCUCACUGUGUUAGCUGUUUUUCCUUCCCCUUUUGCAUAAAUGGUGCAGCAAAUGUGUCAGUAA